UUCCCAGAGGGCAGUGCGAGGGAACGCCUGGGGCGGCCUUCGGAGGGGUUCUGCUAGUUUCAGCGCGGUGGGGUCUGUCCCAGUCGGCUGUAGUGUACUGUCCUGGAGGGAGGGGCGGCCCACUGCGGGUCGUGCCUCCUGGAGCCGCCCCCGGGACGUGAGUCCUGGAGGAGGCGAGGGGUGCUCCAGUUGUGGAGAAGACUAUGAACAGGUCAGAGAACUUGUUCUUUACUGGCUCCUCAUUAGCAUCCCAAGUUCAUGCUGCUGCCAUUAAUGGAGAUAAGGGUGCUCUUCACAGGCUCAUCAUAGGAAACUCUGCCCUUAAAGACAAAGAAGAUCAAUUUGGGAGGACACCACUCAUGUACUGUGUGUUGGCUGACAGACUGGAUUGUGCAGAUGCUCUCCUGAAGGCAGGAGCAGAUGUUAAUAAAACUGACCACAGCCAGAGAACGGCCCUCCAUCUUGCAGCUCAAAAGGGAAAUUAUCGUUUCAUGAAACUCUUACUUACACGCAGAGCAAACUGGAUGCAAAAGGAUCUGGAAGAGAUGACCCCUUUGCACUUGACCACUCGGCACAAGAGCCCCAAGUGUUUGGCGCUUCUGCUGAAGUUUAUGGCACCAGGAGAAGUGGAUACACAGGAUAAAAACAAGCAAACGGCUCUGCAUUGGAGUGCCUAUUACAAUAACCCGGAGCACGUGAAGCUGCUCAUCAAGCAUGAUUCCAACAUCGGGAUCCCUGACGUCGAAGGCAAGAUCCCACUUCACUGGGCAGCUAACCACAAAGAUCCCAGUGCUGUUCAUACGGUGCGAUGCAUCCUGGACGCUGCUCCCACGGAGUCCUUACUGAACUGGCAAGACUACGAGGGUCGGACACCUCUUCACUUUGCGGUCGCUGAUGGGAAUGUGACAGUGGUUGAUGUCUUGACCUCAUAUGAAAGCUGCAAUAUAACGUCUUACGACAACUUAUUUCGAACCCCACUUCACUGGGCAGCUUUGCUAGGCCAUGCACAGAUUGUCCAUCUCCUUUUAGAAAGAAAUAAAUCUGGAACCAUCCCAUCCGACAGCCAAGGAGCAACACCCUUGCACUAUGCAGCUCAGAGUAACUUUGCCGAAACAGUUAAAGUAUUUUUAAAACAUCCUUCAGUGAAAGAUGAUUCAGACCUGGAAGGAAGAACAUCCUUUAUGUGGGCUGCUGGAAAAGGCAGUGAUGAUGUCCUUAGGACUAUGCUGAGUUUAAAAUCUGACAUUGAUAUUAACAUGGCAGACAAAUACGGAGGUACAGCAUUACAUGCCGCGGCCCUUUCUGGCCACGUCAGCACCGUGAAGUUAUUGUUGGAAAAUAAUGCUCAAGUAGAUGCCACUGAUGUCAUGAAGCACACUCCACUUUUCCGAGCCUGUGAGAUGGGACACAAAGAUGUGAUCCAGACACUUAUUAAAGGUGGAGCAAGGGUAGAUCUAGUGGAUCAAGAUGGACACUCUCUCCUACAUUGGGCAGCACUGGGAGGAAAUGCUGAUGUUUGCCAGAUCUUGAUAGAAAAUAAGAUCAAUCCAAAUGUGCAAGAUUACGCGGGAAGAACCCCUCUGCAGUGCGCUGCCUAUGGCGGCUACAUCAACUGCAUGGCAGUGCUCAUGGAAAACAAUGCAGACCCUAACAUUCAAGACAAAGAGGGAAGAACAGCUUUGCACUGGUCCUGUAACAACGGAUAUCUUGAUGCCAUUAAAUUACUGUUAGACUUUGCUGCUUUUCCUAAUCAGAUGGAAAAUAAUGAAGAAAGGUACACUCCCCUUGACUAUGCCUUGCUCGGUGAGCGCCAUGAAGUGAUCCAGUUCAUGUUGGAGCACGGCGCCCUGUCCAUCGCAGCCAUACAAGACAUCGCUGCCUUCAAAAUCCAGGCGGUCUACAAAGGGUACAAGGUCAGAAAAGCUUUUCGAGAUCGGAAAAAUCUCCUCAUGAAGCACGAACAGUUGAGAAAAGAUGCUGCUGCCAAGAAGCGAGAGGAAGAAAACAAACGAAGAGAGGCAGAACAGCAGAAGGGAAGGCUGAGCCCAGAUUCCUGCAGAUCCCAAGCCCCUCCCUGUGUGCCCAGCACCCAGGCUGAGCCCCACAGGCAGAGCUGGACCCCCAGCAAACAGCAUCCCACCAGCAGCGCAGCCCAGGACCCUGAGGGGAGAGCCUGUCGAGGAUCUCCAGGCAGAGCCCCCCAGAGGGAGGCUGGGAACAGCCCCCCAGAUGUGCAGGGAACAGACCCCAGAAAGCCAAAUGAAUCAUCCAGAGAACACUCUAAAGGCCGAUCUGCCUCUGUCCACUUCAGCCCCAGUAAAGGCAAGAAUGGAAACAGGCAUCCGGGAGUCUCCUCUGUUGAGAAGUCCGGAGGUGAGACAGUUGGUGAGCGGCGGUGUGACAAGGGGAAAGGCUUCUUGAAGCAGCCCUCCUGUAUCAGGGCGGCUGGGCCUGAUGAGGAAGGAGAGGACCCCGGUUGGGCAGCUGCAAGCCUUCCACAGCAGGAUGGCCACCGGAAGCCCGGCAGGCGGCAGGACCCAGCACCCAAGGCCAGGUGUGCUUCCCAAAAAAGGCGCAUUCAAGAGCUCAGAGGAGGAAGGGGCUCCCCGGCUGGUUCUAGCCGGCCUGGCAGUGCCAAGGGGGAGGUGGUCCACGCUGGGCAGCAUCCUCUCCACCAUCGGACACCAAGAAACAAAGUGACACAGGACAAGCUCGCAGGAGGGAUCUACUCAGAUUUGCCACAGAGCACAGAGGUGUUGAAGUCGGGAGUCAGGAAGCUGGGAACAUCUGCCCUGUCUGAGGACACCCAGCUAUCCAAGGAGACUGAUCCAGCACCUGGUCCCCUCUCUGGGCAGAGUGUCAAUAUUGACCUUCUCCCCGUAGAACUGCGGCUGCAGAUAAUCCAGAGAGAAAGGAGCAGGAAAGAGCUGUUUCGCAAGAAGAACAAGGCGGCCGCGGUCAUCCAGCGGGCCUGGAGAAGCUACCAGCUUAGGAAGCACCUGUCCCACCUUCUGCACAUGAAGCAGCUUGGAACCAGAGAUGUGGACAGAUGGAACCGAGAGUGCCUGGCAUUGCUGCUCCAAGUUUGGAGGAAAGAACUGGAACUAACCCCCCCAAAGACCACUGCAGUAAGCAGGACCACGAAGAGUCCAUCCAAGGGCAGCUCAGGCACAAAGUCCACCAGACACUUAGUACUCAAGCAAAUCUACGGUUGUUCUCAAGAAGGGAAAGUUCCUCAUCCCACAAGAUCUUCCAAAGCCCAUCCUGUGCUGCGUCUCAAUUCAGUGAGCAACUUGCAGUGUAUACACCUCCUUGAGAAUAGUGGAAGAUCAAAGAAUUUUUCUUAUAACCUGCAAUCAGCUACUCAAUCAAAAACCAAAACAAAGCUUCGACCACCUGUGGAGGAAGACCGUGUCCGGGGGAACUGGAAUAGCUAGUGCAGAGUUCUAAUUCUCUGCUGAUUAACUUUUCCAUCUUGAGAAAACUUUAAUAUUCAUGCCUCAAG